AAUUGCUUGAACUACAGCAAUCCCCAAGAUCUAGUCACUGCCCGUGCCACAUCCCUAAUCAUGUCCAGCGGUGAUAUUAGUGAGAAGCAUGACAUCGACACUCUUCGGCCAAUUCGAACAGCCGAGAGUGUCUUUCUUCCUGUCUCCCGCGAUGUAUUCGAAAAGCUAUAUCUGAGCCCCAAGCAUCCCUCGGUAAAAGGUGACUUGCGUAAGCAAGUAGGCAACCCUACUCCAAUAUCACUUAUCGGGUUUCUGGUAGCUGCCACCCCAAACGCCUUUAUAACAAUGGGCAUCAGGGGAAGUGGCGAGAAUGGCGCCGCAAUAUUGCCCGUGUUCAUCUUCUUUGGUGGACUGAUACAACUUUUGGGCGGUAUUGGAGAGUGGAUUAUCGGGAACACAUUUUCAUGCGCUUUGUUCUUUACCUACGGUGCGUAUCGCAGGUUUCUAGUCCUGCGGCUGCCCACAACUGACUUCAAGAAGGCACAUUUUGGAUCGUACAAGGGACCGGCCUCAUGCCCCUAUUUGCAACAGGGCUUCACUACUCACCAACUGGCAAUGCACUGGAGGGAAUGCAAACUCCAUCAUAUCACGCUACUCUCGGUGUGGUUUUACUACAUCGCCUUGACGAUUCUCACCUUCGUAUACACAAUCUGUUCAAUCCGAACUAACAUCUGCCUUUUCACCGCUCUGUUCCUCCUUGUUAUCACAUUUUCUUUAUUCGCAGCCACCUACUUCCAGCUGGCGCUGGGAGAGAUCGCUCUUGCUUCUCGACUUCAAAUGGCGGCAGGUGCAUUCAGUCUCGCUCUAGUCAUACCAAUCUGGCAUAUCUUCAUCGCGCAAAUGUUGGAAGCAGUGGACUUUCCCAUUGCGAUACCGGUGGGUGAUUUGAGCACGGUAAUACUGGGAAGAAGUCAGAAGAUCCAGAUGCGGGCGGAGGAGUAG